AUGGGUACAAAUUUUAGUGCUGAUUCAGAAAACUUUGAAGAGGAGAAUUUUGCACAAAAUCGCAGGAGAAGUGCAAAUAUUAACAAUGAAGAGAAUGAUGAUUCUGCAGAAUCAAAUAAUCAUCGAGUGCAAAGUGAUGAUGUAAUACUAAAUGAAUCUCGACAAGAAGCUGAUAAUUCUCAUAAGAAGAAAAAUCCACCUCGUGGUAAUAAUAAGUAUCUAAAGUUGAAUAAUUUGUCACAUGGGGAGAAAAAGAUCAUUACUUUUUAUCAGAAUAAAGCUAUUGAGCCAGAAUUUUCACGAUAUCUUGGAAUUAUUAUUCGUGACAGAAAUAUUUGCCCAGUAGCUGUUGAGAAUUGGGCCAAAAUACCACUACAAAAUAAAGAUCAUAUGUGGGCAUCCAUUAAGGAUAAAUUUGAUGCUGAGGACAUGGAGCAAAAGAGAGAGUUAGUAAUGAGACACUUGCGCGAUUUGUGGAAUAAGUGGCGUGGUGACAUGCACAGGAAAUAUGUGAAAGAAAAUUCAUUACAAGUUGCACUUAGAAAUAAACCUACAGAAGUGAGUGUUGAUGACUGGGAUUGGCUAGUUAAGGAACAUUAUUUUUCUUCAAAAUUUCAGAAAUUAAGCCAACAAAAUACACUUAACAGACGCAAAAGAAAGAUGCUCCACCACACGGGCAGCAAACCCUUUAGACAAAUUGCGUGGGAAUCGGGUGGCAAGUCAGGAAAUCUACCUGAUGUGGCAAAAAUGUUUCAUGAAACUCGAAAGAAAGCUAAUGAAACACUAGAAAAUGGGAAUCAAGAUAAAUAUAUAAGUAGAAUAUGUGUUUAA